UCCGUAACAUUACCGUUGCACCGUCGCACUGGCUUUUACUAUAAAUCGACCGCUGGACCUGCGAACAGCGAGCAAAAUGUAAACAGCGUGUUUGUAACGUGCGAUCGGUCGUGAGUUUAUGAACGUCGAAUCCUCAAACAAUAUUUCUCAACUGCUAAUAAAUCUUCAUUCGGGAUAACGUGGUGUGAAAUUUCUUACAAUUGGUGCUGAUUUUUUGGAUACUAAAUACCGUGAUGAGACAAAGGAACUACCAGUAACGCCAUUGAUCAUGGGAUAUUUUCGGGUGUGUACGAUGAGUAUUUGAUUGAUAGACCCUUUGACCUCGCGGAAGAUAAGAAGCAUGAAAGAAAUUUGGACUUUUGAAUGAAUUCGUCCCUGAAGGGCAACCUGCGACAGUUCUCCCUCCCACAUACUAGUUCAACGGCUAUAUAAGAGGUGAAACUCCGAGCGAAGAGAGUCACUUUUGAAUCAACUGGGUGCUAGAAGAUCAGAAGACUUAGUUGAAGUGUGUUUUCGAAAAUUUCUUGUCUCGUAUUUCAUAGCAGUUAUUAAAAAUGAGACUCCUGUGUGAUGUCGUCGCCCUUUUUCUUAUCUUUUGCGCAAGUGACAGCGCUCAUACUGUUCCGAAUCAGAAGAAUAGAGGUGCCAGAUCGACCGUGGAUAAUGUUCUGUUGUUAGACAAAAAAACUGACGAUAGAUUGUCCAUUGAUUUAACCGAUAAACGGAGGAAUGCUUCGAUCGCAUUUGGGGAUAAAGAGGGCGAAGACGAGGAUGAGAGAAUAUUAGUAAAGCCGGAAGAAUUCCGGAAGACGAAAAAGCAGCCGCGAACUUUUCUUGGACCACUAAGUUUGAAUUUUAAAGAUAAGUUGAAUCCGAAACGUGGAAUAAUCUACGACACGCGCGACAGUACUGGUGGUGGCUAUACUAGUGGCUUCAGCUGUUGUGGAUCCAGGUAUGGAAGUUCAAUGUACCCCGAGAGACCUGAAUAUGGCUACAGCGAGUCCUCUGGGGGUGGACGAUAUUCGUUCAGACCAUCAGGACGGCCAAGUGACAGGUAUGGCACACCGAGUUCGAGUCAUCCGUCAGAUUCGUCUGACGGAGAUCGUCGACCUGGUGGUGGUGGAGGAGGAGGAGGAGGAGGAGGUGGUUACGGUGGUAGCCUUGGAGGAUCGUAUCCCUCGAGAUAUGGGCCACCCAGAGGAGGCUACAGUGGUGGAAGUGACGGGGACAGGUAUAACAGUGAUUCUCAUUCAGUCUAUGGAGGUUCAUCGUCGAGCAGUUCAACAGGAUCUGGUGGAUUGUACGGCCGACCGAGUUUUAGCAUAAAUGGACUUGGUAGUUACGAUCCGGGACAUGGAACUGGUUAUGGUGGAAGUGGUUCGAGUAUCGGAAGUGGUUUUGGCGGCGGUGGAUCGAGCAGCGGCCACAGUGGCUAUGGUGGUAUCGGGUCGAAUGACGGCGGCUAUGGUGGAAGUGGACCAGGAAGUUUUGGAGGCAGUGGAUCCGGUGGAUCCGGUGGAGGCGGUUACGGAGGUGGAGGUGGAGGCUACAGUGGCUAUGGAGGUAGUGGUCCGUUUGGUUUUGGAUCAAUGGAUCACGGAUUUGGAGGAGGUGGAGGUUACGGUCACGGAGAAGGAGGAAUGAUGCCGAGUCAAUCUGCUGGCGGAAACAUUCAGACCCAGAAGGCCUUGGCUCUAAAGGCUCUUGCUGGUGUUGCUCUGAUAGGAGCUGCAGCUGCCUUAGCAACGAAUCCAGUGCUCUUGCCUCUGGGAAUUGCUCAUGGAAGAAGGAGACGGUCGGCUGCUGACAAUUUCUGGAAUGAACAUCCUUUGAUGUUAUUGAAGGAGUAUAUUUCCCAGAUACCUAGAAACGAUAUUCAGAAAGAAGAUAUCAUCGUUCUGAGCCGUUUUCUGGCGUCCCGAAAGUGUGUUGCCAGACUGGCCUGUGAAGUACAACGAGAAUACUUUGCGGAACUCGCGCAAUACAAGAACAUUAACGAUAGAGAAAACAGCAUAUACUACAACUUGGAGCAUCGCUUUUUGGAUUUGGUACAAAGCAACGUUUUGAACAACAAUUAUGUCAACGAACAAUUGAAGAAAGAGAUCAAACUGGCCCUAGCGAUUGGUGCCCAAGAAGGAAGAUGUGAAAUUUUUUUGUGCACCUUGCCGAAGGACUGAUAUAUUCUUCAUUGAUUACGCUUCUAAUAAAUUUAAGUGCUCAUUAAAAUAGCUGUAUAGAUACAGUAUUAAACACAUCUGUUCUUGUUUGGUUAUAAUUGUUCACUUGGUGUUGUUCCCCAUACUUUUCCUAAUUACAAAGUAAAUCACCAAUUGAAUAUUACAGGUAUGUGUGUAAAAUUCGGUUCAGCGAAUUCGCCAUAAACCAUGGCUGUCGAAAAAGAACUGUAAAUC